GGCCAAGGGCUUUCCUCCCCAGGCCCUCCCCAAACUAGUUUAAUCUUCAGUCUCCAAGUGAGUUGUUGCCUGCCCUAGAGACCCCUGCCUCUAUUCAGUGUCUCACUCUCAGAGUUUUGGGUAAGGCUCAGUCCCCGAAGUCCUUUAUUUCUUCAUUAGCAAACCUGGCAGCUGCCAGAGGAAGUCCCAGUGUUCCCUGCAGAGGGAGUUACCAUGGAUCCUGGCUGUCCUUAAAGCACACAGGAGGCUGGCAUCACCGUGUUCGACGAUCAAGGCAGCGUGUUGGGAAGGCAGAGCUGUUCAGUGUUGGAUGGAUCGUGGGAGGCUGGUCUCUAUGGAAAGGUUCCCCCGGCAAGAAACCAGAGCGGCAGUAGGAGGGACCAGACUGCAGAAGGGGGGCCUUGACCCAUGGCUGCAGGAAAAACAGAGCCAGAGAGAGAGGUUUCGGGCUAAAAUCCGGUACACAAAGGAACAGGAUGAAGAGGAAUGAGCAGAGUGAGCUGCAAACACUGACAAACAAUGGGAGCCAGAGAUGAGGAGCAAGAAUUCAGGGAGGAGGGCAGGCAGAUGAAAGAGCCCCCUGUUCGCCUUCCAGAGGUUACUAGGAGGGUCUGUGCCCCUGCCUCCGCUGACACAAAGGAGGCAUUGCAGGGUGGGGUGAACAAUGAGAGGAGGUGUGAGUGGGCUCUAGUGAUGCUCAUCGUUGCCCCUCUGCCCAACCCCUGAUUGCUGGUUGUCCAGGGGUAGGGGUGGAUCCUAAACGUGUCCAGUGCUUGAAAUUACAUUACCAGAACUCAGGCUGGUUGGAGGCUGGAGAUCUGGAUUCUGACACUGGCUCUGCCACUGACUCAUUCUGUCACCUUAGGCAAGUCACUUCUGUCUCUGGGUCUCCCUUUCCUGUAUAAUGAGGAUAAUACUCCCUGUUCUUCCCCCUUCCAAUAGUUUAUUGUACAAUGAGAACAAAACAAGAUGGUGUCUGGGGAGUGGUGGGGACCAGGUGGUGUGGUGGUUCAGAAUUUGGCUGUUUGGACCCUACCCCUUACUAGCUGUGUGUGUAGGGUGGUUGCUUUAUCUCUCUGGGUCUUGGUUCCCUCAUCUGUAGAAUAGGGGUGAUGACAGUACCCACACUCCUGGAUCAUGGUGAGGAUUCAUGGCAUCAUGUGCCUGGAACUCUGAGUGGUACUAUGUCAUGGAGAAUGGUGGGAACUAAGUGGAGCCCAGGGUGCCUGCCUGCCCACUGUUCACAGAGCCCUGGGGCAAGGAGGAGGGGCCUAAGGGGGAGGAGUGGAGAAAGCCAUUAUUCCCUGAGAAUGGCCCUAUUCCAGUUGGUUCCCCUGGAAAAGCCUGUCCCCACCUGGAGAAGUGUGGCCCAGAAAGGCCCAGAUAAGUAGGAUAUUCAAGGAAAGAAAAGAGUCACAGCUGAAAGGCACCUGGGGCUCAUCUAGUCUAAUAUGCUUAUUAUACAGAUAGGAAAACUGAGGCCAGAGAGGGAUUGACUUGGUCACAGAGAGAGUUGGUAGAGUCUAGAUGAGAGCGCAGGUCUCCAGCACCCAAGGCCUGACCUUGACCUUGGAAGGUGGUCUAAGGAGCCCUGAGGGCAGUAAUAGAGACAGUGGGUUCUGCAGCUGAAAAAGACCCAGGGAGGACUGUGGGAGUGACCCUUCCCUCUGUCCCCCCAGGAUACCCUGGAUCUCUCUAGGGCCUGAUUAGUGGCCUCCUGUGAGGGAGGGGGCAGCCCCAGACUGGCAGGCAGGUGUGUCAGCUUGCUGACCACUGCCCCAUACACACACAUAUGUCCUAUAGGGGUUCUGCUUCAGACGAUUUACUUGUUUUGAUGAAAAGGGGGUUGUUUUCCUUUCAAGGGGAACAUGCAUCCAGGAGAGGAGUCCAACCCAAGGGCAGCCUACUUAUCCUUCAGCUGAGCCCCACAUAGACUUGCAGCUCUUACCUGAGUUAUCCAGACGGCAGGGCCUAGACUUACACUGCUUGUCUGUAGGGAAGAAACAGAAAAGAAUCAAAGGGUCAGUAGCUCUCAGGACAGGAAGGAGCCCCAGAACCCUGUGGUCCAUCCCCGGCUUACUCUAGGACAAGCUGGUACAUUUUCUCCUAACUCUGCUUCCUUAUGGUAGGACCUCCCUUACCUGCAUUUGACUUGACCCAUGAGCUGCAGAGCUAGAAGGGAGCCAGCCCUCUCCCUCUCCUAUGCCUUGUCACAGCCAAGGAGGCACUAGUUGAUGUACUUUGCAUGUCUUCUCGCCUUCUGCCAAUUCCUGCGCACUCAUGAUGCUGUCCAAGUGGGAAUGGAAGCCACACUGGACCAUCUCCCAUUUUAGAUGCAGUCCACAGUUCCAGCCAACAACCUGCCUCUAAUUGUGCAAAAUGGACCUCGCAAGCCCCUGGGAGUCACUCAGCCAGGACCAGCGGGCCACAGCCCUUUCAGAGAUUAAGAACCUGGGCCUGUCUUCAGGAUUCCACCUCUGGCCGGUCCUGGGGGAUAGACAGGAAGAGUAUCUGAAGCCUGUGACUGCCUGAAGUGGAACUUUGGGGCACAACACCCAACUGCUGUCUUCCCACCCCCCUGACACCCCCAGUCAGUAUACACGGCAGCACAGGAUUUCCAUUCAGCCAGAUACACGUGUUCCUCUUGGAAACUGAGUUUGGGGCUCUUACUCGUACCUGGCAACAAUGGUCUGGAUGUCAGUGCUGUGGCCAUAAAUUAGUUGCCUUCUAACUUCCAGCUGGGAGAAAAGCCUGACCAAUUCUGUUUGGCCCUCAAAUGGCCACCUGCUUCAGUCAGGAAACCCUCUUCGGCCUCCCGGCAGAAGAGAGGUGUCGGGUUACCGCCGCGGGGGCUAUAGUUAGCCGCGGGACUUUGUGGAUCGGCUGCACUCCCGGGACAGCGCAGCGCCCGCCGAGACUUAGCCCCCCGCCGCCCGUGCCCUCAGUGCUCCUUCCCGCUGUCACCCCAGCAACUUCCAGCCCAUCGCCGCUGGUGCCCUCUUCAUCUGGACCUCGCCCUCCUGAGUCUCCCCCAGGAAUGAUGCUGGCGGCUCUGCUGAUGGCUCUUAGCUACCUCGGCUUCCAUGCCCUCUGGCAGGCCCAGGCUGUUCCCAUCCUGCCCCUGGGCCUGGCUCCAGACACUUUCGAUGAUGCUUAUGUGGGCUGCACAGAGGAGAUGGAAGAGAAAGCAGGCCCUCUGCUGAAGGAGGAGAUGGCCCGCCAUGCCCUGCUGCGAGAGUCCUGGGAGGCAGCCCGGGGGGCCUGGGAGCACAAGCGCCAAGGGCUCACCCUGCCCCCUGGCUUCAAAGCCCAGCAUGGAAUCGCCAUCAUGGUCUAUACCAACUCAUCUAACACUUUGUACUGGGAGCUGAACCAGGCUGUGCGGACAGGUGGUGGCUCCCGGGAGUCCUACAUGAGGCACUUUCCCUUCAAGGCUCUGCAUUUCUACCUCACCCGGGCCCUGCAGCUGCUGCAGGGCAGUGGAGGCUGCAGCCGGGGACCUGGGGAGGUGGUGUUCCGAGGUGUGGGCACUCUUCACUUUGAACCCAAGAGGCUUGGGGACUCUGUCCGCUUGGGCCAGUUUGCUUCCAGCUCCCUGGAUGAGGCAGUGGCCCGCAGAUUUGGCAACGCCACCUUCUUCUCUCUAAGGACUUGCUUUGGGGCCCCUAUCCAGGCCUUGUCUGUCUUUCCUGAGGAGCGCGAGGUGCUGAUCCCUCCACAUGAAGUCUUCUUGGUCACCAGGUUCUCCCAGGAUGGAGCCCGGAGCCUGGUGACCCUCUGGAGCUAUAAUCAGACCUGCAGUCACUUUAACUGCGCCUAUCUGGGUGGGGAGAAGAGGCGGAGGUGUGUGUCUGUACCAACAGGAGGGCACCCGGACUCCACCUCCAAGAAGGACUUCUCUCUGCUUUCCUGGAAGACCCUGCUCUUGGCCCCCGGGGGCUUCCAGCUCUCAGGAGCUGGGCCAUGAAAGCCCAGUGUCUGUCACUUAGGAGUCCUAGGAACUCGUGACCUUCAUAUGAAGAAGAAGGCCUAGAACGGCCUCAAAGUGGGAACGUGGUUUCGGACCCAGCCCUAGCAGCCAUUUCCCCAGGGAUGGGGACCUACCCAGUCAUCUCUCUAUCCAAUCAGGAUAUGGGGGGAUCUGAGGCCAUGGCAGGGUGGAGGGAGUUCUGCUAUGUGGUAGGGACUCCCUGGGACAAGCAAGGGUGGUACUAUGAUGGCCACUCAAUUAAACAGUAUUGCAGUGUGGUGACAUCAAA